AGGUUUUAAAUUACAGUAACUAUGGAUAUCCGGGGGGCUGUUGAUGCUGCUGUCCCCACCAAUAUCAUUGCUGCUAAAGCUGCUGAAGUUCGGGCUAAUAAAGUGAAUUGGCAGUUGUAUCUACAAGGGCUAAUGAUUUCAGGAGAAGACUGUGAAUUCAUUCAAAGAUUUGAACAAAAACGGAGCCCAGAAGAAAAGCAAGAAUUAAUCCAAACAGAAGGCAACCAGUGUGCUAAAACAUUCAUAAGUCUGAUGACUCAUAUCUCCAAGGAACAGACAGUUCAGUACAUUUUAACUAUGGUUGAUGAUAUGCUGCAGGAGAAUCACCAGCGUGUUAGUAUUUUCUUUGACUAUGCAAAGCGGGACAAGAACACUGCAUGGUCCUAUUUUCUGCCAAUGCUGAAUCGUCAGGAUCUUUUCACUGUGCAUAUGGCUGCCAGAAUUAUUGCUAAGCUAGCAGCUUGGGGACGAGAACUGAUGGAAGGCAGUGACUUAAAUUAUUACUUCAAUUGGAUUAAAACACAGCUUAGUUCACAGAAACUACGGGGUACUGGAAGUGCUAAUGAACCUGGAACUGAUAGUUCACAAUAUGUCCAAUGUGUUGCUGGGUGUUUGCAGUUGAUGCUCAGGGUCAAUGAAUAUCGUUUUGCAUGGGUAGAAUCAGAUGGAGUAAACUGUAUAAUGGGAGUAUUGAGUAACAAAUGUGGUUUCCAGCUUCAGUAUCAGAUGAUUUUCUCUGUGUGGCUCUUGGCCUUCAGUCCUCAAAUGUGUGAACACUUGCGGCGUUACAAUAUUGUUCCAGUUCUAUCUGACAUCCUUCAAGAGUCUGUAAAAGAGAAAGUAACCAGGAUCAUUCUGGCAGCAUUUCGGAAUUUUCUAGAAAAGUCUAUUGAGAGAGAAACCCGCCAAGAAUAUGCUCUUGCCAUGAUCCAGUGCAAAGUACUGAAGCAGCUAGAAAAUUUGGAGCAACAGAAAUAUGAUGAUGAAGAUAUAAGUGAGGAUAUAAAAUUUCUGUUGGACAAACUUGGGGAGAGUGUCCAGGACCUCAGUUCAUUUGAUGAAUAUAGUUCUGAGCUUAAGUCAGGAAGACUAGAAUGGAGUCCUGUCCACAAAUCUGAGAAAUUCUGGCGGGAGAAUGCUGUAAGAUUAAAUGAAAAGAAUUAUGAACUGUUGAAAAUUUUGACAAAGCUUUUGGAAGUGUCAGACGAUCCUCAGGUUUUGGCUGUAGCUGCUCAUGAUGUGGGAGAAUAUGUCCGACACUAUCCUCGAGGAAAACGUGUGAUUGAACAGCUUGGUGGAAAACAGCUGGUGAUGAAUCAUAUGCAUCAUGAAGACCAGCAGGUUCGCUACAAUGCCUUACUUGCUGUGCAGAAGCUGAUGGUCCAUAAUUGGGAAUAUCUUGGAAAACAGCUACAGUCAGAGCAGCCUCAAACAGCUACAGCACGAAGCUGAGUCUCAACUUUCUUUUGUGAGAGUAACUACAAUUACUAAAAGUACCUUCAAGUACACAGAAGAAAAUAAUGUAGUUGAAGUCCCUUCAUUAGCUGUCUGCUACAGUGAGCUUUCUUUCUAAUAAAUCUUCCAGUAUUGUUGCCUGAAGGACCUUGUCUCGUAAACCAUUUCAUUUGCUAGUAGGAGUCUUUCUGACCAGCAGAAUAUACAAGAUAGCUUAUAUGUGAUGUCUUUAUUUUAUGUAUUUAUUGUCUUUAAAAAAUAAAGAAUAAUUAUUACAUAUUGUUUAA